AAAUAGCGCCCGUUAAUCUGGAGCCUAAGCUGCUCUCCUGUGUGCAAUUAAAGAGAUCACAAGUCCUGGCCCCAGGGAACGUGUGCUGGCAGCUAAAGCCCUGGCAGUGGGGCUGCUGGGCAUGGCUGGGCAUGGCAGCUCCCAGUGGCCGUGGGGGAACAGGUGAGCUGUGUUUGGGAGGAGUUGCUACCCAGGUGAUAAAUGUUGUUGAGCUGAUGCAGGGUCCUGGGAGGAGGCACAGCUCCUCCAGGGGUAUCCUGAUCCCAGAGCUCAGCUCUGGAUGUUGAGUCAGAACCAAGUGCAGCCGCAAAGGAAGGUCUUGGGUGAUGGUGUGGGUGAGGAGGAUGAGUGGGGCCUUGCUGGAGCAGUUUGUAGCUGCCCUGGGCUGUCCUUGUGCCACAUCCCUAGAGCCAGCCCCACAACCAUUCCCACAGGAGGGUUUCCCACUCAACAGCUGUGGCUGGGACAAUGUUGCAGUGGGAAUUCUUCUUGCCUGACAGCCAUAAGAUAGAGCCACUUUGGGCUUUCCACAGUCUUCUUUUUGCUGCAGCAAACCUGGAGUUAAUGAUGCACUAAUUGGGUCAGGCGAGGCCAGCCUGGGAGUUAUGAAAUGAUGCUGGGCUGAGCAGGCUGUGCUGGGGACAAUGGCAGCUCUGUGUCCCACCCCUAGGGGUGGCUGCUCUUUCCCUCAUGGUUCAGGGAGGGUGAAUCCUGCCCUCACCUCAUCAUCUUGCACAGCAGUGUCCCCACAAGGAAGGUGUCCUGUGUGCCCUGGGCCAUGGCAGGUCACUUCUAGGUGACCAACCACAUGGGCACGUUGGCCAUGCAGGAAGCUGCUUGUGCCUCCAUCCUUCUGUUAUCCAGCAGGAAGGUGAGGGAGAGCUCCAGGCUGGUCCCUCCUUCUCUGCCAUCUCCAUCCAACCCCAGGCCCAGCCCAUCUCCCCUUGCCAUGGGAGCAGCAGCAGAGAGACCCUGUGGGAAUCUACACCCCUUCCACCAGGAGCAGAGCUUCCACCUCAAUUACCAUCACCUUGCUCCUAAGCCCACUUUGCCAAUCCCUCUAAGCUGCUUUCCCAGGGCUCCAGCAAGAGAUUUAUUUAUAGCCCACUCUUACUCAUGAAGCGUCUCCCCAAUUAAUCAACUAAUAGGAUUCUUCCCGCAAGUCCCUCUCCCUGGAGCACUCACACAGACACACACCCCCUGCAGCCCUGCCGAGGCUGAGUGGGCGAGAUCAGAUGCCAGGGGAGGGACAGCCGGGGGGGAUAUAAGAAGCUGCAGGACUGGGAGCAGCCCGUAGUGACAGGGUAGCACUGGGACGUGCUGGAAGAGGAAGAGGAGAACGUCUGUCUGUCCAUCCACCUGCCAGAUUUCCACCUGGAGAUUCCUGCACUGACUUAAAAUGGCAGAGGGAUCAAAGGUUUUCAAGAAGACCAGCCCCAACAGCAAGCUUUCCCUCUACCUGGGGAAGAGAGACUAUGUGGAUAAUGUGGAUUCAGUGGAAUCUGUAGAUGGUGUCUGCCUGAUCGACCCUGAGUACCUAAAGGACAGGAAAGUGUAUGUGACGCUGACCUGCGCCUUCCGCUACGGCCGCGAUGACCUCGACGUGAUCGGCCUGACCUUCAGGAAGGACAUCUACGUGCUGACCACCCAGCUGUACCCUCCUGUGCCAGACCAGGCCCCCAAAACCCUCACUCCUCUGCAGGAGAAGCUGAUGAAGAAGCUCGGGGAGAACGCCUACCCCUUCACCUUCGAGAUUGCCACCAACCUGCCCUGCUCCAUCACCCUCCAGCCAGGGCCAGAUGAUGUGGGAAAGGCCUGUGGUGUGGACUUCGAGGUCAAAGGAUUUUGUGCUGAAAAUCUGGAGGAGAAAAUUCACAAGAGGAACUCCGUGCGCCUCAUCAUCCGCAAGGUCCAGUUCGCCCCAGCGCAGACGGGGCCAGCCCCGAGAGCCGAGACCACCCGGCAGUUCAUGAUGUCAGACAAACCUCUGCACCUCGAAGCUUCCCUGGACAAGGAGAUUUACUACCACGGAGACCCCAUCAAUGUGACCGUCAACAUCAACAACACCACCAACAAGGUUGUGAAAAAAAUUAAGAUCUCAGUGGAUCAGAUCACAGACGUGGUCCUGUAUUCCCUGGAUAAAUACACGAAGACUGUGUGCAGCGAGGAGAUCAAUGAGACUGUGGCUGCCAAUUCCACCUUCACCAAAACGUACUCAGUGACCCCCCUGCUCUCGUCUAACCGCCAGAAGCGAGGCCUCGCUCUCGAUGGCAAACUCAAGCAUGAGGACACUAACCUGGCCUCCACCACCAUCCUGAGACCUGGCAUGGACAAGGAGGUGCUGGGCAUCCUGGUGUCCUACAAAGUGAAGGUCAACCUGGUGGUGUCUCGAGGAGGUGAUGUUGGGGUGGAGAUGCCUGUCAUCCUCAUGCACCCGAAGCCUGAUGACUCGAGGAGGACAUUGUCAUCGAGGAAUUUGCUCGCCAGAAGCUCAAGGGAGAGAAGGAUGAUGAAGAUGAGAAGGAGGAACCUGAGAAAGAGGAGAGCUAAGCUGCCGGCCCCUCAUGCCCCAGUUUGGGACGCAGCCACCUGUAGUGUCCCCACUGUCCCACACCUCCCACACCUGGCACAGCCUCUCAGCCCCUCACGCUCCCCAUAUGUCCCCCCUCCUCCCCAGGCUCCUGGCACCUACUCCAAGCCCUGCUAGUGGUGGUGAGAGCUGUUGCAGCUCCUCCUGGAACUGACACCCUGGAAAGCCCCACGGUGCUCCCUGUUCCCAUGGGUGCCAGGACAAGGACAGGGCAGGUGUGACGGCCCCAGCCGAGUGCAUCACCAGCGUGGCUGUCACCUGCCCGUGCUGUGCACAGCUCUGUGACAUUGAUACCAAUAAACGCACCCGGUGGCCCGGUGCAGGCUCCGUGUUUUGCUGGGGAGGGGAGCAGACGGUGCCUUUUAGUGCAGGAGGGCAUGAGGUGAUACAGGACCUGGUACAGCCAGUCCCGGCCGAGCCCAGCCCAGGUACGGCUGGAUGCAUCCUGCAUGGGUCCAAUCCCAGUACA